AUGACGGAAACAGAGGGAAAUAAUCGCUGUUGUAAGAUCUUCAGAAAGAUUCAAGCCAAAAGUAUCGAGGUAGAUGAUAUUGGUAGAGCAAAAUCCUUUCGAAUAUGCAGUUUACAAAGGCCACACAUGCGCUCCUUUCAUACGUCUUGGUUCUGCUUCUUUAUUGCUUUUACAGCAUGGUUUGGUAUUCAGCCACUUAUACCAACGAUAAGAAAGGAACUAGGUCUCUCUAAAAAAGAAGUUGCACGAUCCGGUAUUGCUAGUAUUUCGGCAACAAUCGCUGUUCGUAUCGUUGUUGGUCCAUUGUGUGACAAAUUUGGUCCAAAGCGAGUGAUGUCUGGUUUGCUGAUCGUAGGUGCCAUCCCUCUUGCAUUUUGCGGUUUGAUAAGAGAUGGGACUGGUCUUAUCAUAGUUCGACUUUGUGUCGGUAUUCUUGGAGGAGCAUUUAUACCUUGCCAGUUCUGGACAUCUGCCACGUUCAAUGUGAAGAUUGUUGGUACUGCCAAUGCUUUAGUUGGAGGCUGGGGUAAUCUCGGAGGAGGGUUCACUUUUAUCAUAAUGCCUGCCCUAUUUGAACUGGUCAAGCUAUGCGGGGCGAAUGAAUUCCUCGCUUGGAAAAUUGCUCUCGUUAUUCCAGCCUUUAUUGUUAUUGGGUUUGGUCAGUAUAAUGUUUAUAUAUAUUUCACUUCAAACUGUGAUGCACUUAUAUUAUAA